CACAGUUUACAUAAUACAUAAUACAACAUAAUACAGUUGCUUAUGUGGCCUUCUCAGUCAAGCAUUCCUCGUCUUUCUCCUCUCAGGUGAACAGCAGCAUGUUUGUUUCGCCGGCCCCUCCUCCUUUUCCUCCUCCUCCUGCUCCUCCGUCAUGCUGCUUUGGCCCCCAUCCCCCUCACAUUGGCUGCCAGCCGUCUAAACAGCUCCAGCUGCAAUAACCACCGCCGCUGCUGCUGCAACGAGCUGCCGGCUAUUUGAUCACCCCCAUCCCGCACAGCCUCUGCCGUCGCCGGUCUGCAAGCUCACGGACCUCUGCCAACACAUCCAUUAUGACGGGCGUCGCGGCUGCCUCCUUCUUCUCCAACGUUUGCCGGUUUGGCGGUUGCGGGCUGCAUUUUGAGUCCCUGGGCGAGCUCAUCGUUCACAUCGAAGAUAACCACAUCGACACAGAUCCCAGAGUUUUGGAAAGGCAGGAGCUGCAGCAGCCCACAUAUGUUGCUCUGAGCUACAUUAAUAGGUUCAUGACUGAAGCAGCACGCAGAGAGCAAGAAACUCAGAAGAAGAAGGUCCAACCCAAAAUUGCAAUAUCAGUCACUGGAGGUUUAUCACGUAACAGUACGGCCACGCCUCCUCGGCAUAGCAACGGCAGCCUAACUCCACCCGUCACCCCUCCCAUCACGCCCUCAUCCUCCUUCCGCAGCAGCACACCCACAGGCAGUGAGUGUGAUGAGGAGGAGGUGGAGUAUGAAGACUCUGACAGUGACGAGUCUUGGACUACAGAAAGUGCCAUCAGCUCAGAGUCCAUCCUUAGCUCCAUGUGCAUGAACGGGGGUGAUGAGAAACCCUUCGCCUGCCCUGUUCCAGGAUGCAAGAAAAGAUACAAGAAUGUGAAUGGUAUUAAGUACCAUGCUAAAAACGGGCACAGGACGCAGAUCCGUGUGAGAAAGCCCUUCAAGUGUCGCUGUGGGAAAAGCUAUAAAACCUCUCAAGGCCUUAGACAUCACACCAUCAACUUCCACCCACCGCUGUGAUACACACACCACCACUUUAAAGUUUACCUAUACAUCCUUUCAUUUACAUUUCUGGAUCAUAUGUAAACUGGUAUUCAAAAGCUGAUUUCUUUUUUUAAUACUUUUUCCUCUUUAUUUUUGUGAUUUUAUAUAUACAUGUAGAUAUAUUUGUACAUUUGCACAUUCCAUGUAAAUCAUUUCUUUACCGCUUUAUUUCUUUAAGAUAUCCUUUAUUUUUCGAUUUCUUUUUUAUUUAAGUGACACAGUCACUGAUAAAUGAAAAUUACUGUGCUGAAGGUUAGGACAUGACAUAAACAUUUGUUUCUGAUUUUAAACUCUGUUCAGAGAAAAUGGUUUAAAAUCAGAAAAGAAGAGUUAAGAAUUUCUAGGUAAUUUCUUUUUGUUCAUCAAACCUACUUAAAAAUGAAAACUACAGUAGGUACGUUGAAACAUGUACAUAUAAAAUUAUAUAAAGACACAUUUAUAUAUAUUAGUAGCUAAGUUGUAUUAUCCAAACAUUUUAUUUUCCAUGAUAUAUUUUGCAGAACAUUAUAUUAUGUUUUAUACAAGAACUUUAUCUCAUCUUUAUGGACUCUUUUUUCUAAAUUACAUUUUUUUAUAUUUUUAUUUGCUUUGUAGAGAAGCAGUCUUUUAUUGUCUGAAAUGGAAGGACAUUGAUCUCAGGUCACAAUACAGCUGCCAACUUUCAGACAAACAAACCAGGAAACAGGAAAAACUCACUUCCACUCACUUCGUUCCAGAACAUUCCACACUGAAUAUCAAAACGGCUGACAUUGUGGAGUGUAAAGUUACCUUUCCUGAUUUCUUUUGCAUGCAGCUGGCAUGCAGGCAGCACCUUCGGUGUGAAAUUGAAUUCUCUGCAUGUGGCCUUCUCCAGACGACUUCAAGCGGUUACAUGACGUAGACAUGGUUUCUGUCUAGUUGCAUUCGAGUUCUGAGCAAUAUUUUACAUCAUGAUCCCAGAAUGAAAACGCACUAUUGUUGAAGCCAACAAUAAUCGCAUUUGAAAUGCGCAGUGCAGAUUUAUUCUGCCAUGUUAUCCUGCUGUUAUGCCAGCAGUGCAGAAGUGCCAAGUUAUUCUUCCCCAACAGAAACAUGGAUGAUCUGCCAAACACACAACGGGUCACAUCUGGUUAUCCGUUUGGUGCCUGUUAGCGGAGGAGCCUUAAAGAAGACCUAAACUCUUUGUGUACUCAGCCUUGCAGUAUUUUUUGUCAGUUUUAGCUCAUACAAUCUUUAUUACAGUUGUUUAUUUUUUGACACAUUUGGGACUGUCCUCGUGGUUGUGUUUGUGUAAACGUAUUUGUUAGCCCUCUGCUUGCCUUGUAUUGUAAGCUACGGCUUUCUAGCAUGACACGACCGCUUAGCUGCUCUGUUGUCUCUUGGCUUGUAGUCUUACUAUUACAGUCUUUGUUGUCAAAAGUAUUAUACCAUUACUUUAUAUUGUUACUGCUAGUAUUACAGUUCGAUAGUGCCAGAUACAUAGCUACGCCUGAAUAUAUUUUCUCAACUUUGAUUCUUGAACGAUUUUGCAUUGGUCCUGUUGUUGGCCAAAUAAAGCAUACCACAGUUUACAAAAGUAAAUUGUCUUUAGCAACUGCUAAGAGCUUAAACUUUUGGUGCAAAGAAGCUUUCCUAUCCACUAGUCUGUUUUUCUAGGUUAGGGUUGGUCGAAUGAAACAACGUGGACCAAAAAGGGCACUGCCAUAUCUCCAGAUAUGAAGUUUGGAAAAACAAGGUGCUGUUCAAUGAUGGUAUCACAUCUCCAUGGUUCUUUGAAAUGUAUACCAUGGUAUUUAUAUGGUAUUUUUUGGUACAUGUCCAAAAACAUAGUAAUACAUGAUACUUUUUUUGUUAGUGGUGCUAAGAUGGGACCCAGAAAUUCAAUAUGGACUAAAUAUAUUUCCAUAUUUGGAUCUGUAUUUAAACAUUAAUAUCUUGGACUGUUGCCAUGAUGUUUUGGGAAAAAGGCUUAAAGUUGACCGAAUGGAUAGUUACUAUAAUUUAGAUGCCAAAAACUGGAGCUAGGGAAUGAAGGAAGUAUUGGAUGCCUAUCCAUGAAUGACUCAUUGUAGAUGACUCACUGUCCUGUUAUUUUCCAGUUCAUCCGGUGUCACGUUUGUUUGUAUGUGUGUAUUUUGGACGCUGUACCAGUAACCACAUUUGUACCUCUCUUUGGCUACGGAGUCAUUUGGUCUCAGCUUUGACAUGCAAACUAGAAUCUGUUAAACAUGAUUUUAUUGGAUAGGAUCCGAGUGACUCAUUACACCUACAAUGUAGUAAUGUGACUGAGAUGCAUUUAUUUUGGAGGGAGUUUGAUAUACUAUAUAGUGAAUGUAUCGUAUUGCAAGUCUUUUGUAAAGUGCUUUUGAAAUUAUAUUUUCGUACUGUAUGUUUUUGUGGAAAAUGUUUUGUGGAACCGAGGCAAUUUGUAUGUGAGAUGAUGUAUAAUGUGUGUGUGUUUGUGUGUGAAUGAGAGACUCUUUUGAGACGUCUUUAUCCUCAAGCUGCAAUGUAAACUUUAGGACAAUGGUACAAAAAUAAAGAAAAGCAAACAA